CUAGAGAGCUUUUCUAAUAGGGUCUCCGCAGCCAAGGCUAUCAUUGGGGGUUGUCCCGCCUGCUAUGCUAACUUUGUUAAUAUUUUCUGUCAUCUGAUGUGCGAUCCGAAUCAGAGUGCGUUUCAACAGGUGGUUUCUGAAAGUAAUUUGUAUAUUGAGGGGGAGAUAAAGGUGGCCGAUAAAAUAAGAUAUCAUGUGUCUGAUAAAUUUGCUCAAGCUACUUACGACUCUUGCAAGAACGUAAGAUCAGGCAACACAAAAGCCAUUAACCUGAUCUGCGACUCUUUAGACUGUGAUCUGGAUAAUUUCUACGUUAGUUUGGGAAUCAACAAAUACACUGAUCUCAAGGUCUUCUAUGAGAUAUACAGUCCUGAUAGUGAAAAGGGACAAAUGUACAGCGAGAUGAACAUCAGCCCAUUGGAAGGAGUCAGAAUUCACCGCUGUAAUGAUACUGUAGAUGGAGAAGCCUGCAACUGUGACGACUGUCCUGCAUCCUGCGAGAAAGAUGACGACGACGACAACAACAACGACAACAACGACAAACAAAGAAACUACGACAAAUACACCCUCCCAGCAGCUGGGAUUGCGGGGUUACUCCUCACUGUUGGGCUACUCUUUAUGGCACACAUUUCCUCUGAAAGAGAGGGGACCAGUACAGAUUUGGUCCUGACUAAUCUGUCUGCCAAGAGUUCGGCUCCGUUAGCUGAGAGCGACAAUCUGUACAACAAGAUGUACCCCACUAAGUACUCUGACAAGGCCAAUAAAGAUGGUGGUGACGCAGAAGAGGUCCCCAUCAAGGUCGUCCCCGAGAGCCCUCCAGUUAAUAGAAUUCAACUUUUCAUCAGGACCGUUUUCAAGUGCUGGGCUAACCUGGUGUACGAGCAGCCCCUUCUAGUCCUAGCAGGAUUUGGGGUGUUUGUAAUGGGCUGCAGUGUCGGACUCAUCUUCUUCAGGAUUACUUACGAUCCUGUGGAGCUGUGGACUACUCCUACUAGUCAGAGCAGGAUUAAUAAGGAGUAUUUUGAAUCAACGUUCGGAACGCCAUACAGGGUGGCUCAGUUGAUAUUCUCCGAGAAAGUGCCUGGAACUUCGUUUGACGAGAAUGGAAAGACAUACAGCUCUAUCCUGAGGGAGGAAAAUAUGAAACAGGUUUACCAUGUACAAAAGCAACUCCUCGAAACGGUAUCAGCAAGAUCACAGAUGAACAAAACAAUCAAAUUGUCUGAUGUUUGUCAUAAACCUCUUGGAUCUCACGACUUGAAAGAGCCCGUUAACAACUGCAUCAUCCUGUCCCCCUUCCAAUGGAGGUUCAGUGAGUACAGUGGAGCAUUCUUUGAGGACCAGACUACCCCCGACCUGCCCACUUAUCUGGACUUGUUCGAGCGUUGCGGUCAGCUGGACUUGUCACCUGACUGUUUCGGCUCCUACCGGGGGCCAAUUAUGACUGAUACGGUGUUUGGAGGGUACGACAGUAACUCCGACUCAAAUCUGGAAUAUCUCACCAACAGUCGGGCAAUAAUCCUAACCUUUGUGAUAAGCGGGGAGGCGGUCCACAGGGACCAGGUUCUUGCGUGGGAGAAAGAGUUUGGGAUCUUCAUGAAGGAGAUCAAGAUGGACAAUCUCACUGUCAGCUACAACUGUGAUCGUGCUUUAGAGGACGAACUGGAUAGAGCAUCACACGCUGAUAUCAUGACUAUAGUUAUCAGUUAUAUUCUCAUGUUUGUGUAUGUCAGUACUACUCUGGGAAGACUGGCUUACUCGCCUGCCGCUUGCUUCAUUCAGUCCAAGGUAUCUAUAGGCCUGGUUGGAGUUACUCUUGUCCUCAUCAGUGUUAACUGCGCUCUCGGUAUAACAUCCUACUUUCAACUUCCUGCCACACUGAUUGUUAUUGAAGUGGUUCCUUUCCUAGUCCUUGCUGUUGGGGUUGACAACGUAUACAUCUUAGUUCAGUCUCUACAGAAGAAGCUGGAAGAGAGAAAAGAACAUAAAAAGGAACCGGACUUUUUGAAAGACCUAUUGAGAGACGUUCUGGAAGAUGUGGGUCCCAGUAUGCUCAUGAGCUCAACAUGCCAAACUGUUGCAUUUUCUCUUGGAGCACUGUCGACAAUGCCGGCAGUGCAGAACUUUGCUUGGAAUGCAGCGCUGGCAGUCUUCAUUGAUUUCCUUUUCCAAAUCUCAGCUUUUGUUGUUAUCUUGACUAUCGACACUAAACGAGAACUCGCUAGCAGGAGCGACAUCAGCUGUUACAAGUUGAGAGAUGCUGACAUGAGAAAUAGAAAGGGACCAGUUCGUUACUUUAUACAGAACAUUUGGGCGGAGACGCUCUUUACCGAAUCUUACCUUGGCAAAAUUGUCCGAGCACUGCUCGUCUCCUUCUUCCUGGUUUGCACUCUGAUGAGCGGUGUUCUCAUCACCCACACGGGGAUAGGACUGGAUGAGUCCAUGGCACUCCCCUCUGAUUCCCAUGUCAAGUCUUACUUUGAUGACAUCUUCGAGUAUCUUAACCUGGGUCCGGAAGUGCACUUUGUUUUUAGGAGCCCGAACAAGGGUGUAACUUUGAAUGUCUUCGACGAGAAAAUUCAUGACCAGCUGCUGGGCUCGACCAACUCGAUGUACAACCUGAUGAAGUCUUACAGCAAUGACAAGCGAGAGAAGUACUUGACGGGCACUGUUGGAUCCUGGCUUUCACAGUUUGAGGAUAAUUGGAUCAUUUCCCCGACCUGUUGCAGACACGCCCACAACGACUCGCUCGUGUUCUGUCCCAGCAGAGACAUUGAUUCGGUCUGUACAGAGUGUGAUAAAAGAACCCGCGGGGAGGACGAGGACUUUUCUCAAAUUUACAAACACCUUACCUGGUACCUGGAGGACGUACCGGAGACCAAUGCUGAUAUGUGUAUAUACGGUGGUAAAGCCCAGUACGGAACAGCCGUGAAGUUCGCUCAGUCUAACCUCGGAGUAACUGCCGCCUACUUUACCCUAUCCCAUCCCCGUUUAUCUGGUUCUAACGACUUCAUCGCUUCCAGGAGAAACUCUCUUAAACUAGCAGAUCACAUUAACAAACUGAACAAGGAUAUAGAGGUCUUCCCGUAUUCAUCCGCCUACCAUUUCUACGAACAAUAUGAUACAAUCGUCACGGAAACCGCAGUAAAUCUCAGUAUUUGCAUUUUAGCGGUGAUGAUUGUCAGUUUCUGUAUGCUCGGUUUCCAGUUUUAUCCCUCCCUGGUUAUACUUAUCUCCAUCACCAUGGUGAUUGUGGACAUGAUGGGUGUCAUGGUGAUGGUCGGUAUUCCUCUGAACGCUAUCUCCCUAGUGAACCUGAUCAUGUCAGUUGGUAUUGCUGUGGAGUUUUCUGCUCACAUCGUCAAAUCGUAUGUCAGCAGCCCGUUCACUUGUCCCAGACGCAAAGCCAAGUUCGCUCUGGUAACAACUGGGCCAAGUGUUUUCAGUGGAAUAACUUUGACCAAAUUUGUGGGGAUCGUAGUGCUAGCUUUUGCAAAAUCCAAGCUUUUUGAGAUGUUUUAUUUCAGGAUGUUUUUAUCGGUCAUAGUGCUCGGAGUAACUCAUUCGUUGAUAUUCUUACCAGCUUUUCUGUCUAUAGAUUUUAUGGGCUUCGUCAAUAAUGGAUUUUAUCUAUGAUAAUUUGUUUCGGGAAGUUAAAGAUAAUUUACUUUGGGCUAACCUUUUUUCGAUUGACGCGCUUUUUUCAACAGAUUUUAUUAAAAGCGAGUGAAAAAUAAUCUAAUGUGCUUUCGUUUAUUAUUAAUAUUAGUAUAACUAUACAGUAGCUAUUAAAUCGCUUUUAUUAUUUGUUCCAGAGGGUACAAACUUUCUGUAUAUGUUUUUCUAAUUUUUAA